AUGCCCCCUUUCGUGCGACAACUUAAACCAGAUUUCGAAGAUUCUGCGAAAGACUUCUGGUGGCAGUUCAUCACGAAGGAUAAGAAGUGUCUCGCGAUGAAAGUUGAAAAGUCAAUAGAUGGCCACACUACAGAGCAGACCAUCUACGGUGCUCCAAUUCCAACAGCUCCGACGAAUGAACGGCGGUUUCAGCCAUCCCUAAUCCCGGGGAAUGAAAUAGAAGGCAUCGGUGGAUAUAACAUGCGUCCCAAAGCAACACGCUGCUUUGCUUUCGAUCAUGGAUCUACCGGGACGAACGACCGUAUAGUCAUAGCGGGUUGUACCCUCACCUCUACUACUGAUCGAGCAUUCGUGUUUGACUUUAAUCGCACCGGCAGAAGUGACCACAUCGUCAUUACUCGAACAGGGGCGGACCGAAGCUUCUCCAUCCUGCAAAACAGCAAUGGCGUAUUCGCCACAAUCCUCAAAUUGACGGACGGCGUUGCAGAGUUCGGCAUGAGGCCACCCCUGGAUCGCUUCCUGCCCGUUGAGAUGAAAGAGCGCAAGGACACUGCAGGGCAGCUGGUGUGCUACAGACCCAGCAGAGGCGCCUUCUGGUUGUCUGCACAGGUAGACAAGACCCUUCAACCAGUGUAUACACAAGAUGACCCGAGAAAUGGCGUGGCCAGCUUUGAUUUCAAAUGGGAGACUGAUCGCGUGGUUGCAGUCGACUCUAAUGCCACGGGCAAGCUGGAUCGUACUGUCUGUUUCCAGGUCGUGCGGAACCCGCCCUCGCCACAGGCGUCGCAGCACGCUCUUGCAGAGACCGCCGGCGAUUCUUCCUCGUCCCCUUCUUCUCCUUCCUCCAUCGACAACUCAUCCUCAUCCAACACCGCCGCAGCCAACACCGACACCCCGCUGGCCUCCCAUCGCACGCCCACCGUCUCCAACCCCUUCCACAGCCUGACAUCCUGGCACACCCUCGGCUUCGAAAAUCCCCACACCCAGCCCAAACACGACGCGUCCUUCGUCCCCGUCGAGACCGCGAAGCAGCAGCUGCUCACGUCGCCAACGCUGACAAGCCAGUAG